GUCCGUGACCUGCGGGUGGGGGAGACUUCCCAUGAAGUGCCCAAUUUCAAUUUGCAAUAGUAAAGGCCACAGUUGCGUACAUCAAGAGUACAGGACGCCUAAACAACCUCUGAGAGAACAGCGUCAGCAAGACCCCCUUGUGACACCACUCUGACCUAAUGGAAAACUGCUGAAGAUUUUUUGAUUAAUCCAUGUGCAACAAGUGCCAGUGCCCUGUUGAGAGCAACUCCUCCAGUCACCUCAAAACGGAUAACAACAUUUGUUUACUGGCCUGAAAAUAUUGGUGAUGAAAUUAUGUCUAGCCAUGAGAUGAAUCUAGAAGAUGUUGUGGCUACUGUAUAUGAUACCCUGCGCUUUGUGAAAGACCCUGAGAAAGAUGCAACUCUGGAAGAGCUUGAUGUGCUCCAGGAAGACAAGAUAAAAGUGAGCAAACUUGAUCGUGGCAAGUACUUGGUGCACGUGAGGUUCGUCCCAACAGUGCCCCACUGUUCCCUGGCCACCCUCAUUGGUCUAUGCAUUCGAGUCAAGCUAGCACAAUCCCUGCCGUUCCCAUACAAAAUCAUCAUUGAAGUGCAGCAAGGCACACAUGACACUGCUGACGAAGUUAACAAACAAAUCAACGACAAAGAAAGAGUUGCUGCUGCUUUGGAGAACCCUAACCUCAGCGCCAUUGUGAAGAAAUGCAUUUCAGAUGAUGGAUGAUCCCUGUAGGUUGUCUCGCUUUGUCUGCACCAACAUCAUCUGCCUUUGCUCUGGAGCUUACAUGUGCACUUACUCUCUCCACCGUUGUUUCUCAGGAUGUAAGCCUUGAACAGAUCUUUGGUCAGCUCAAUGUUACUCUUGGCUGCUGCAUAAUCAAGGUAGAUUAUGACCUGAGAGUUGCAGCUAAUGCAUUCAAGCUAAAAAUUUACACUCUGAGCAAGCAUAGGUUUCUUUGUAUAGGUAUUUUGUCAUUUUGAGUUUGUAUUGUUAAAAUGAGGCAUGUAUCAUGCAUAUGCCACUUUUAUUAUUGCUGUAAAUUAUAAUUAUUCACAGCAGUUUCUUUCAGUUAUAGGGAGUAAUAAUAUAAAAUAAUUUCAAUAAGACAUCAUUUCCUGUUUGCAGUUCCAUGAAUUUUUUUUCUGCUUGUUUAAUGUAUAGUUUCUUCAUUUGUACAAAAAAUGCAUUUUGUACUUUCAAAAUGAUCAUUGCGACCAUUCAAUGAUUUAAUUGUAGAAAGUAUCUUGUUUUAAAUGUGGUUGUGAAUCUGCAAAUGUUUUUAUAAUCAGAUGUCUUUAUUUA